UUGCUGCGCUGGGCGGGUGUCGGUGAUGCGGGCGGCGAUGCGGCGCCGCACAUGAGCCGGCUGCUCUGCUGCCUGCGCGCGCGCCGCCACGACAUGGGCGCAGCGCUCUCCCACCACCAGGAGGGCGAGUGCGACGGCACUGCAGAGCCGGUCGCCCCGCCCACCAUGGCCGACGUCAUCCGGGAGCGGAAGAAGAAGGCCGGCGGUGCGGCUUUAGGCACGUUGAGGCGUCGCCUGGUCGCCGCCGCCAGGAGGCCGCGGGACGCGCGCCCCGACAGAGAAGAAGGCCGGCGGUGCGGCUUUAGGCACGUUGAAGCGUCGCCUGGUCGCCGCCGCCAGGAAGCCGCGGGACGCGCGCCCCGACAGAGGUCAGUGCAGUCGCGAUAUUUACUAAUAUACAAACACAUGUAUGUAUACUAUUGUAAGAAGAAGGCCGGCGGUGCGGCUUUAGGCACGUUGAAGCGUCGCCUGGUCGCCGCCGCCAGGAAGCCGCGGGACGCGCGCCCCGACAGAGGCCGGCGGUGCGGCUUUAGGCACGUUGAGGCGUCGCCUGGUCGCCGCCGCCAGGAAGCCGCGGGACGCGCGCCCCGACAGAGGCACGUUGAAGCGUCGCCUGGUCGCCGCCGCCGGGAGGCCGCGGGACGCGCGCCCCUACAGAGGUCAGUGCAGUCGCGAUAUUUACUAAUAUACAAACACAUGUAUGUAUACUAUUGUAAGAAAAAGGCCAGCGGUGCGGCUUUAGGCACGUUGAGGCGUCGCCUGGUCGCCGCCGCCAGGAGGCCGCGAUACGCGCGCCCCGACAGAGGCCUUGUAGCCAACGGCAUAAAAGAUGAGAAAAAAGAAACAUCCAAUAAUACGUGGUUGGUGGGUGGUGUGUUCGGUAUGGCAGGGUGCGAGCACGCGCGCUUCAUCAGGUCGGUGGUGAGCUCGUGGCGGCUGGCGGAGGUGUUCGUGCUGUGCGAGCAGCUGGAGGCGGGCGCCGCGCUGCGCGAUCUGCUCGUGCAGGCCGAGCUGGCGCGCGAGCCGGCGCCCGCGCUGCACGCAGACCUGCUCGCUGCACUGCGCGACAGGUGGUGGUGCGACGUGGAGCUGGUGGGCGCAGGCUGGUCACUGGCGGCACAUCGUGCCAUACUAGCCGCCAGGUGUUCGUACUUCAGGGAACUGCUGCAGAGGUAUCCCAACGGAUGCCGCGUGCCGCUAGAGGGCGUGGGCGCGUCGCUGUCGAAGGAGGAGCUGCAAGCGAGCGUGCGCGCGCUCUACGCCGGGCCCGCCGCGCGGCGCGCCGCCUGCGACCUGUGCUCCAAAUGGGAGAGGAAUGCAAAAGUGGAGUCCGACCUAGACAUCAUAAGCGGGGAGAACACCGCUUCUCGUCGCUCCUGUGCUUGCGGACGCACGAGGAGUGACGCUCGCAGUCUCCGAAGGCUCGGAGAGAUCCUGGGCUUCUCCAUCGACAUGCUCCACAGAGACAUGAAAUACCUGCUGGAGUCCGGGGAGCAGAGCGACGCGCGGCUUGUGUUCCGGUUGGAGGGCGGCGGCGCGGCGUACGGGUUCCGCACCGCGCUCGAGCUGCCGUGCCACCGCCUCGUGCUGGCGGCGCGCUCUCGCUUUUUCCG